AUGCAGAUCAAGUUCAUCAUUCUCUCUGCUCUUCUGAGCCUGGCCGCCGCCAAAGAGGACCACAGCUCUCAUGACACCGAGUCUGUAUACACAUACACUACAGCUGUCCCAUCUACACAUGAGUACGCUCACUCCAGCACACUCGCCACCUCUACCCAUAUCAACGCCAACACCACCAUCCUGCCGCCCAAGACCAACUACGCCAACACCACCACAACCGCCACUGGCUUCACCAACUCUACCAUCUCUGUCAAACCAACUUCCACCUUCUCAACGACAACAAGCGACCUCGCCACCACCACUGAGACCCUAGUUGAAUCCACUACCACCCGGGCUGCUAGCCCCUCAUCAACCAACGCUGCUACUGGCGGGCGCUCCUCUCAGUUCGGGCUGGUUGUUCUGGGUGCCGCCCUCGCCGCUGGCUUCGGUCUAUAA